AUGGCUACCCCUAGUGUCCUAGCUUUUGACGCUGAGGGUCGCGCCAUUGACUUUGAGGUCUGGGUAGACGACCUGCAGUUGUUUUUACAGUGCAAUAGGGCAGACCGCCUCUCUCUCUUUGACCUUACCUCUGGCGCCUCUCCUGCUCCUGCUGCUGAUGCUGAUCCCACUGUCCGCUCUCAGUGGGCCACCCGCGAUGCUGCUGCACGUCUUGCUGUGCGUCGCCACCUCCCUACCUCUGAGCGCGCGCACUUUAGUCAGUACAAGAGUGCUCAAACCUUGUACGACGCUGUAGUUGCGCGCUACUCCUCCCCUGCCACUGCUGCACUGAGCCGUCUCAUGCUUCCCUACCUCUUUCCUGACCUCUCUGCCUUUCCCACUGUCGCUGACCUCAUUACGCACCUCCGCACUAGUGACACUCGCUACCGCGCCGCCCUUCCUGCUGAGUUCUGCGCUAAGAACCCCCCCCCCAUGUACAUCACUCUCUACUACGUAGUCGCGCGCCUCCCUGACUCCCUUCGCGUAGUCAGGGACCACUUUCUCGCAGUCUGUCCCACCACCCUCACCGUCGACGUCCUCGAGAAGGCCCUCCUCGCAGCGGAGAAGAGCAUAGUCGCUGUAGGAGCUUCUCGUGGUGACCCUCGCACCCCCAUCUUUGAGGGGUGCUCUCCUUCCCCCUUGCUGCCCUCUGUUGCCUCUGCUGCUGCUGCCGACCUGCUUGGUCUUGAGUCGGUCGGCGCGGCGUCUGCCCCUAGUGGGAGACGUCGCUCUGGCAAGGGCAAGGGGGGCAAGGGCGCGGGUGGAGCUGGAGGGGGCGGUGGCGGUGGCGGCGGAGGCGGCGGAGGGAGUGGGGGUGGCGGCGGGAGUAGUGGUGGGGGUGGUGGUGGUGGUGGCAGCAGCGGCGGAGGCGGCAGUGGUGGUGGCGGCGGUGGUGGUGGUGGCAGUAGCGGAGGUGGAGGCGGCGGAGGAGGCAGUGGAGGAGGCGGUGGAGGUGGAGGGGGUGGAGCUGGUCGGGGUGGUACCCAGCAGCGGAGCGGCGGUGGUGGUGGCCAGCGCUCGCAGCAGCAGCAGCAGCAGCAGCGUUCGCGGGACAUCCCUCCGCCUCAGCAGCUUCGUGAGUGGGCUGGUGUAGCGAUCUUUGAUCUUGAUUUUGAUGCUAUCCUUGCUGCUAUGUAUGCUGUGACUUUUAGUGAGGAGAAUGAGGGUUACUGGUGUUUCCAGCCCGACCCGGGCAUUGGUACUGCUGCGCUAGGUGCUUGUGAGGCUGCUGCUCUAGGUGCCAGUGCGUCUGCGCUCUCAGGUACUGGUGAGACUGCGCUCUCAGGUACUGCGUCGCCCUCGUCCUCCCUCACUUUCACACUUGACUCCGGGGCUUCUCGCUCCUUCUUUCGAGACCGCACCACCCUCACGCCGCUUGGCCGCCCGGUUGCCGUCUCCCUGGCUGACCCCUCUGGGGGUCCUGUCCUCUCUCACUUCUCCACUGUCCUCCCGUGUCCGGCUGCCCCUUCGGGCACCCUGUCUGGACUGUACCUUCCCUCGUUCUCUACGAACUUGGUGAGUGGUGCGGACCUGCAGGAUGCGGGGGUUCACCAGUUCACUCCUGCGAGUCAGCGGGUGACCCACUGCACGGACGCACGCACAGGCCGGCACCUGGCCACGUUCUCACGUCGGCCGGGGUUGAGCCUCUACACCCUGACCACUGCGUCUCCUCCUGUCCCUGCGUCUGGUCAGGUAGCUGCGUCAGGUCAGGUGUUUGCUGCUGCGUCCCGGUCAGGUCCUGAGUCUGCCCCCUGUUCUUGUCGCCUCCUGUCUCACAAGACUCUCCUGUGGCACCACCGUCUUGGCCACCCGUCCUUGCCCCGUCUUCGGAGCAUGGCUUCCCGUGUCCUUGUCUCUGGUCUUCCCCGGUCUCUCCCUCCCCUUCCCUCCGGGCCAGGACCUUCCUGUGUCCCCUGUGUCGAGGGUCGCCUCCGGGCUACUCCUCACUCCUCCCAGUUCCCCCUGACAGAGGCUCCUCUGCAGACGCUUCACAUGGACGUGUGGGGCCCAGCCCCCGUCCGUGGGCAGGGUCACGAGCGCUACUUCCUGUUGUUGGUUGACGACUACUCGCGUUACACCACAGUCCUCCCCUUGCGCAGCAAGGAUGCUGUCACUGAGACCUUCACGCUUCCGGACUCUCCACAGCAAAAUGGGAUUGCUGAGCGCCGCAUUGGCAUGGUCAUGGAUGUCGCUCGUACGUCCAUGAUGCAUGCGGCUGCCCCCCAUUUUCUGUGGCCGUUUGCGGUGAGGUACGCGGCGCAUCAGCUCAACCUUCACCCCAGGGUCUCUCGGCCCGCGAUGUCCCCAGUCUUGCUGUGGACGGGGAAGGUUGGCGAUGCGUCGGCGUUCCGUGUCUGGGGAUCUUGGGCGUUUGUCCGCGACUUGUCUGCGGACAAGCUGUCCCCUCGUGCUGCUCCCUGUGUCUUCCUUGGCUUCCCCACUGACGCUCCGCGGUGGCAGUUUUACCACCCCUCCUCUCGUCGUGUUCUGUCCUCCCAGGACGUCACGUUCGACGAGUCAGUCCCCUUCUACCGCCUCUUCCCCUACCGCACUCCUUCCAUCCCCCCUCCCCCGGACUUCCUUGUGCCGGUAGACGCAGUUGACCCGGUCGAGGUUACUGGUGACUCUGGUGCUGCUGCGGGUGCUGAGCCUGGGGGUGCUGCCUCUGGGGGUGCUGUGCGCGGGGGUGCCGGGCCUGGAGGUGCUGCUACUGGGGGUGCUGAGCCAGGGGGUGCUGGGCCUGGGGGUGCUACUGCGGAGGGUGCUGAGCCUGGGGGUGCUGAGCCGGGGGGUGCUGUGCCUGGAGCUGCUGAGCCUGGGGGUGCUGAGUUGGGUGCUGCUGAGCCUGGGGGUGCUGAGUCUGGGGCUGCUGAGCCUGGGGGUGCUGGGUCUGGUGCUGCUGAGCCUGGGGUUUCUCCUGCUGCUGCGCCUCGACAGGAGCCCCUCUCUCCACAGGAGCUGCGCGAGUGGUUUGCUCGCCGCUGGAGGCGUGCUGCUGGAGCUGGAGCUUCUUCGACCGUCGAGGGUGCUGGUGCUGCCGGUCCCGGAGCUGUUGGGCCUGCGGGUCCUACUAGAGCUGGAGCUGCUGAGGGUGUUGGUGCUGAGACUACCGCUGUCUGUCCUGGCGGUGGUUCUGCUGCUGGUGCUGCUGGAGGUCCUGCCGCUGGAGGUGUUGGUGGCGCUGGUGCUGCUGCUGAGGGCGCUGCCUGCGUCUCGUCCCGCGUCGCCUGUUCGUGCUGCUCGCGCUAG